UUUUCGUUGUUUGCAAACUAUUCGAACCCAUGGCGCGAGGAGAUAUACUUCUAACUGCAUUCACAGCUAUAUUGUUGUUAUGCCAAGCUGGGGCAGAAGUCAUUGCACCGAGAGCCUCGUUUUCCUGUUCGCGCAAUCCGGACGAGCUAGUAGUGUCAGUGACGGACAGCGAGGACGUGACCAUCCGCGCCGUGUACGUGCAGGGAAAACGAUCCAUAGAGAACUGCGUAGCCAAGGAAGGGAAUGGCUCAAUCUAUAACCCGCAUAAACUGGUCCUGAACGCUUCCUUUCAGAACGAGUGUGGGAUCAUGGGUGACGGCAUGCCUGAAACCCCAUACACAGUUACCGUCCUCGCGGUCCGCAGUCCGAAGAUAGAGACAUCGCACGACUACGCCUUUCUGCUCUCCUGUGAAACCGUGACAACCACACAGACCGUGAUGAGGGAAGGAAUGUCCAUACAGAGGCUGCAAUAUAUCCAAGAGGCAGCUAAUAAAAUCUCAGAGCAGGUGAAGAUGGAUCUAGUUGACAUGACAGUUAACGCAAGCGGUCUUCCCUUUGAUGAACCUGUCAUCUCUUGUGUUAUGGGACGACCAGUGGCUAUACGCAUCACACUAACGCCCUCUGGUAAUGCCAAAGGUAUCCACCCCAUCAGCUGCGUUAUUGCCCCAAGUAUCUCCAAGCGGUCAUAUCUACAGCUGCUUCAAAAUAGCUGCCCUGUUACAGACAAUCCACCAGCAGCUGUACUUGUGACAGGGUUUUCUCAGCAUCACACAGAUCCAACUCUAGAUGGAGCCAUCAUACAGUCCGGCACGUUCGAAUGUUUUCGGUUCCCAGAUGUGAACACGCUACAUAUCGAAUGCGAGGUGGACUUUUGUCCAGAUGCAGAAAAUCUUAAAUGUACCCAUGCGCCGGACUGCCCUUUUGAGGCUGCAGUUAGUCGUCGGCGUAGGUCAGCCACUAACUACACUGACCACUCCACCAUUGGUGCUACCAUCCUGGUUCAGACUCUUCCCGAAGUCCUACACUCAGGAAAAUCAGACUCAGGAGCCAUUGAGAGUAGCAUUAGAAGCUGUAUACAGAACAUAGGUUUCAUGGUGUUACUGGUGAUCUUGGUGGUGCUGUGCGUGGUGUCAGUCUGCGUGACAGCUGUGUUCUGUUGGAGGGCGUGGCGCUAUUCUAUAACUGACCAAUCAAAUUUGGAGAGAAGGAAGAAACUGGAGCGGGAAGGGAUUGCUAACAUCGCCUUCUAAACAGUCUCAGUAUAAUAUUAUCUGUUAUCAUAAAUUGAACUGACGUACUCCCUCUCUUUAGGAAGUUACUUUAAGGAACUGUUUGUGGGAUUUUGUCGGAUAAAAAACAUUCCCAUCAACAAUAUCAAUAUACCUUUUAAACAUCACUGCAUCAAGGUAAAGUGUAAACUGGAGCAAAAACACUACAUGAAACAGGUUAUCGAUACUUUUCUUUCAAUGCCCAAGCUAAAUUUUCCUCUAUACAUUCAAAACACUUUAGGGGCUAUUGGACCGCAUUCUUAAAAUCAUUUAUUAUAUAUGAAUUGUCUCGACGGACACUUAAUACUAUUUUCGCCAAUAGAUUUAUCCUCUUGAUCUUGAAUGUCGAUAUUUUUUACUUUUGGUGUCAAAGGUGACAUGUUUAGGUCGUGGAACGGUAAACCAUCAUGGAACUAAAUUUGUUUAAAUCUAAAACAUCACUAACUUUGGUAGUACACGAUUUUAAAAAAGAAAUCAGGAAUACAACAUCCCACAAACGGUCUAAUUCAGAUUUUCAUUGUGCGAUAAGUGUUCUUCGAUAAUCUCUCACGGACAAUGAAGGACAGAGAUUCCCCAUCGGUGUAAAUGUGCUUAGGAAUCACUCCCAUUUAGAUUGCUAUUUCAAGUUUUGAAUACUUUACAGCCAUUUUUGAAACCAAUUAUUGUUAUCGGUUAACUUUUAAGAUGUUUAAAUAUAUAUGCACAUUUGUCAGCGA